UGCUCACAGGGAAGUGCGGAACAUAUUGGUGCGUCUUUUUUUUCAGUAUUGGGCUGAAAUCAGAAGAACUGCGGAUCUGUUGGGGUUUGAGGCUCGUGCACACUGAGCACGUGACCCCCCCCCCCCCCCUGAGAGGACUCACCUGAGCGACCCUCACCUGGACCAUGCCCCGGAGGAAGGUGAGCAGCGCGAGGACAUCACGUCAUCGAUCACCAAUAACACGACUUACUAGGACCGCCGGCAGCAGCUCGGACGGGACGGAGGACUCGGACUUUUCCGCCGAUCUCGAGCACGCCGAAGCUCUCGGGAGCGCGCACAGACGCAGCAGCACGCGCCUGACACGCGCCUCACUGCGCCUCAGCCGGAGCUCUCAAGACUCCUGCGUGUCUCCGGCUGCUGUCCGAUCUGAAGAAGAUUCAGCGUCUGUCUUCUCCUCAGGGCGCAGAAUCACUCGCAGCCAGCAGGGGGCGACACACACCACGGCCAAAAAAUACCCUCUGCGUCAGAGCCGGUCCUCGGGCUCCGACACCGAGGCCAACGGUGAGAGAACUGGCAGGACGAGACGCCCCCCCCGCACCCCCACAGGAAACGCCCCCUCCUCAGAGUCGGAUCUGGAGGUUUCGAGCCACAGCAACGACCUGCUGGUUUCCCAGGAGGAGGACGAGCGAUUGGCCAAAGAGCUGUCACUCAAAGAGGCCGCCGCCCACGACCUCUCCCAUAGGCCGAAACGCCGGCGCUUCCACGAGAGCUACAACUUCAACAUGAAGUGUCCGACGCCCGGAUGCAACUCUCUGGGUCAUCUGACGGGGCGACACGAGAGACAUUUCUCCAUCUCAGGAUGCCCUCUCUACCACAACCUGUCAGCUGAUGAGUGCAAGGGUAAGGCAUCGACGCGCGACAAACAGGCCGAAGAGAGGACGCUGUCGCAUCGCCAGGACGAGAACAGACACUCCACAAGAAGCCAGGCUCCGUCAGACCGUCAGCUGCGCUACAAAGAGAAAGUGACGGAGCUGAGGAGGAAGAGGACCCCGAGCAUCAAUAAGGAGCAGAAGGACAAGCAAGGGGACCACCGUCAGAGUCUGGGUUCGAGUCGUGAGCCGCUGCUGGAAAACAUCACGAGUGAUUACGAUCUGGAAUUGUUCCGGAAAGCCCAGGCACGUGCAUCGGAGGAUCUUGAGAAGCUGCGUCUGAGUGGCCAGGUGUCGGAGGGAAACAACAUGAUAAAAACCAUCGUUUUCGGCCGCUAUGAGUUGGACACCUGGUACCAUUCGCCGUAUCCGGAAGAAUACGCCCGUCUAGGAAGACUCUAUAUGUGUGAAUUCUGCCUGAAAUACAUGAAGAGCCAGACCAUUCUACGCAGGCACAUGGCGAAGUGUGUGUGGAAGCAUCCUCCAGGAGACGAGAUCUACAGGAAGGGAAACAUCUCGGUGUUCGAGGUGGACGGGAAGAAGAACAAGAUCUACUGUCAGAACCUGUGUCUGCUGGCGAAGCUCUUCCUGGAUCACAAGACUCUUUAUUACGACGUGGAGCCGUUUCUGUUCUACGCCAUGACAGAAUCCGACUCGACGGGCUGCCACCUGGUGGGGUACUUCUCCAAGGAGAAGAACUCCUUCCUGAACUACAACGUGUCGUGUAUCCUCACCAUGCCUCAGUACAUGAGGCAGGGCUACGGCAAGAUGCUCAUCGACUUCAGCUACCUGCUGUCGAAGGUGGAGGAGAAGGUGGGCUCUCCUGAGAGACCGCUCUCUGACCUCGGGCUCAUCAGCUAUAGAAGCUACUGGAAGGAAGUUCUGCUGAGAUACCUGCACGACUUCCAGGGGAAAGAGAUCUCCAUCAAAGAGAUCAGUCAGGAGACGGCGGUGAACCCGGUGGAUAUCGUCAGCACUCUGCAGUCUCUCCAGAUGCUCAAAUACUGGAAGGGAAAACACCUGGUGUUAAAGAGACAGGACCUCAUCGACGACUGGAAGGCGAGGGAGACGAAGCGCGGAAACAGCAAGACCAUCGAACCCAAAGCCUUAAAGUGGACGCCGCCUAAAGGGACAUAGAGGAUGCUUUCACACUGAAAACACACACACACACACACACACACAUACACACGCACACAUACACAUACACACGCACACACACACACACACACACACACACACACACACACACACACACACACACUCCUGUAAAAACGCUUCAUCAGCUUCAGCAGAGUCUCUGGGUUCAGCAGCCACCGUCACAGCUCAGAAAUCUAAAAAAUACAUGGACAUUUGUUGGAAGAUGUGCAUUAAUCUGCACCUAAAACACGACUGAAUGAUCAGAAAUGUGUAUUUAAUGUUUAAGACGUCGCUUUGUGUAGCAUCUCACUCUGCAAAAUGUGACGAGCUGUAGUCAGAGUCACUAUGAUGGUUAAAGGAUGAACAAAAAGUGAUGUUGAUGUGAUGUGUGAAUACAGGAUCACCCUCAUCUGUUUCCUGCAGAGUGAGUAAUGUCUGCACCAGGCUCUCCCUCUAAUCCAAUCAGCAGCGACCGGUAUGGAACCGGUGCCGCUUUUCAUUUUGUUCUCCAGACGUUCGGACACAAAGCAGGUCGGCUGCUCGUUGACUCAUGCAAUGCAUCAUGGGAGACGCAGACGAGCGGGCCGUGAUUUCAUCAACGCAUAACGUUGGUGGAAAUAGCAGCCAGGAGCUCGAGUGGCAAAAAAAAUGAAUAGAGCCACGAAGGAAUGAGUCCUAAAACCAGACAUGAGUCAGCAUUUAAUCACUUUCUGCCUGAAAUAAGUUGGGUGGUUAACACAAGCUGAAGAGAUUAAAAUACGUCAGUAAAUACUCCACUGGUGAAUUAAAAACUACGGUUGCUAACAAGUGUCUAAAUGAGACGACUAAACGUCAUCACGCCCAACAUUAGCCUCCUUAGCGGUGGUGACGUGAAGUCAUGUGACCGU